AUGUUCCAACCCACUCAGCCCUGGGGACCCCUGCAUGGCCGUUUGACCUUUGCCAGCUCAAACACAGAGGAGUCUAACCCACCUGAGUAUGAGGCUUUUGAAGACGUGACACCGAGAGCACCAACAACACGAGCUCUCUCAGUACUGAGUGUUGAUAUGCGUGCGAUGGACAACAAGAAAGCGCACAACACCAGCAGUUACAAGAACACCAGCCUCAUUGUGCGCAGGAAUAAAGAAUUCAUCCUCAUCAUCAGGUUUGACCGACCCUUCAAUAACCAGCAGGACAAUGUGCAGAUAGAGUUCAUGAUUGGCAAUUCACCUGAUGAAAACAGGGGCACCUACAUCACUGUGUUCAUCGGAAAAGAGAAACGUGAUGGGCGCUGGAAUGGUCGCGUGAUUGGCACGCAAGGCAAUGGUGUGACAGUGGGCAUAACACCUGGCGCCAGCUGCAUCAUUGGUCGCUUCCGCACCUUUGUAACAGUAAUAACUGAUUUGGGAAAACAGCGCACUCCAAGGAACCCUGACACUGAUUUCUAUGUGCUGUUCAAUCCUUGGGACCCUGCGGAUCUGGUGUAUGUGUCCAGAGAUACCGACAGACAGGAGUAUGUGUUGAAUGAUGUGGGGAUCAUCUACAAUGGAGAAUUCAACAACAUAUCCUCCCGUUCAUGGAACUACGGCCAGUUUGAAGAGGGGGUUCUGGAUGCCUGUCUUUUGGUUCUGGAUGCUGGGAAAGUACCUCUGCUGUACCGUGGAAAUGCCAUUGAAUUAAUUCGGCAGGGAUCAGCCCUGAUGAACUCCCAAGACGACAAUGGUGUCCUGGUUGGCAACUGGAGUAGUGAUUACUCCAUUGGCACAGCACCCACUGCCUGGACAGGAAGUCCUGAAAUCCUUCUCAAAUAUGCCAAAGACGGUGGUUUGCCUGUGUGCUUUGCUCAGUGCUGGGUGUUUGCCGGUGUGCUGAACACUUUUUUGCGCUGUCUUGGGAUCCCCGCACGAGUCGUCACCAAUUUCGCCUCUGCUCACGACAACACGGGCAACCUGAAGACCGACAUUAUUCUGGACGAAAAUGGGGGAGUGAGCAGAAGCCGAACGAGAGAUUCAAUCUGGAACUACCACAGCUGGAAUGAGGUGUACAUGAGGAGGCCUGAUCUGCCUGAAAAAUACUCUGGCUGGCAGGUGGUCGACAGCACCCCUCAGGAGACCAGUGAUGGUCUUUAUCGAUGUGGCCCAACGUCUGUCAAUGCCAUCAAGGAUGGAGAGCUCAGCUAUCCAUUUGAUGCAAGGUUUGUCUUUGCAGAGCUGAACAGUGAUGUGAUUUACUAUCAGUCUGAUAAGUACGGAAACACAAAGAUCAUCCAAGUGGACACCACAUAUGUUGGAAAGCUCCUUGUCACCAAAAGGGUGAACAGUAACGCCUAUGAUGACAUCACUUCUACCUACAAAUACCCAGAAGGUAAGCUUCAUUUGGUCCAAAAACACCUGGGCAUGGAUGGCCACACAUGCCCUAUCCCCUUCCCUGUCAUCCUUCAACCUUCUUCCUGGAGAGUUCGUCAGAUCGCACCUGGUGGCACACUGCAAUAUACAGACACGAUCACCCCUCAGUCCCCUGGGAAGAAGGUGCUGAUGGCGUGUCUGGACUGCGCUACAGUGAGGCAGGUCACCAAUCAGCUGGAAAUCUUUGUGCAGUAGCGGAUAACGGAUUGCCACGAGGGAACCAGAGAGAAAAAAGAGAAAAAGGGACCCCAAUACCAUUUUGUUGAAUUGCUUUGCUUUCUUCACAAAUAUUAUCGAAAUACAAGCUAGCGUAAAUUUUUUUCUUUACACCCACAACUUCCAACACUGAGUUGUUAAUAAUAUAGUGUUUUAAGCAUUUUAAGCAAAAAGUUUUCAUUUGUAAACUCAUUUAACUGUACAAAAUACACACAAUCAAACAUUAAGUACCGAUACAGAAUGCACAGUCACCCUCAACCUAUCUGGGGGUCUGACACAUUCUGAUUAGCAAAGUGUGGAUGCAAGAAAUCAUGCAGUUAUCAGGAUAAGUUGUAAAUUGGGAGUGAGAGGAAGAGUGGAAAAAGCAGGAGAACCCCACAAUAUUGGGAAUGUUGGCAGGUAU